CUAACAGCACCCUUCUUCCUAAAUUAAACACAAUCCAAGCCUCCCGCUCCCAGUAUCGAAGCACAGCACCAGUAUCGCAUCCUCCACACGCACGGCUGCCUCCCACCGCACCGCUACCAGAACGCAGCUACCGGAGAGAACGCCGUCAGCCAACCACCGACUGCCGUCCCCGCACUCACCCCAGCGACACUUAGGCUCCGACAUUGCAGCACCGCGCAACCCACCGUGACAGCAAUCACAAACACCCACGCAGGGCGGAGAUCAACCCAGCUCUCGCUCAAUUUCUGCACAGAUAAGCUUUAAAAUCUUUCAGAGAGAGAAAUGGAUCCGAACACAGUGAAAUCGACUCUGUCGAACUUAGCAUUUGGGAAUGUGAUGGCAGCGGCUGCUCGUGAUUAUCAGAAGGAAUUGCUUUCUCAAGAUAAGGCACAGGCGUCAAGUUCUAUUAACCAGGAGGUCGACCUCGAUGAGUUGAUGGAUGAUCCUGAGCUGGAAAAGUUGCAUGCCGAUAGGAUUGCGGCUCUCAAGAAAGAAGCUGAAAAGCGAGAAGCAUUAGUGAAGCAAAGGCAUGGAGAAUACCGGGAGAUUACUGAGGGAGAUUUCUUGGGCGAAGUUACUAGUAGUGAAAAGGUUAUAUGUCAUUUCUAUCAUCAGGAGUUCUAUCGUUGCAAGAUAAUGGAUAAGCAUUUGAAGUCCCUUGCACCAAGACAUCUUGAUGCAAAGUUCAUCAAACUGGACGCAGAGAAUGCACCCUUCUUCGUUGCCAAACUAGGAGUCAAGACUUUGCCUUGUGUCAUAUUGUUCAGAAAAGGAAUUGCAGUAGAUAGGCUGGUUGGGUUUCAAGAUCUGGGAGGAAAAGACGAUUUCACCACAAAGGCGCUUGAGGUCCUACUAAUAAAGAAAGGUAUUAUAAGUGAGAAGAAAGAAGUUGCAGAUGAUGAAGAUGAUGAAUAUCAUGAAAAUAGGUACAGGACAGUGAGAUCCUCUUCCAAUCCUGAUUCUGAUUCCGAGUGAAGAUGGAACAAUUGGAGGUUGCUUGAUUCUCAUUUUAGGCAGGCCAUUUGGGUGAGACGCUUUUAAAUGCAUGCUUUUGUUUGUUAUGGUCACUGCUAAAUUAAUAUCCCUACACAUUCCUUUUGCACAAGUGAUUACAAGAUAGGAACUUGAGGCAACUUACAUGGAUUGUUGAGUGUCAACAUAUUGCCGGAUUCAAAACUUAAUACUUCGUUACCCAUCUACUCAA